AACAAACUUGUUUAAAACUGGAAAACAUGCAACCUGAUGCGAUAAUUCAGACAUCCCAAGACUUCAGCACUUGUCAGGCACCUGGUUCCUGUGCUUUCUUUCACAGCAGCUAGAGAACAGUGAAAUAAUUCACUUUAGUCAUGCAUGUGUUCAUUACCAAUAUAUUUCUUGUUUUAGUCCUACGAGAGGUGGAGACUUGGGCUGCUGGUCCCAAGUACCCAGCUACCUGCCCAUCGCGCUGCAACGUGGGGCUGUGCGGCGGCACGCAGCGCUGUAAGCGGACGGUACUGGAUGACUGCAGCUGCUGCCCGGUGUGCGCGGCGGCCAGGGGCGAGCACUGUUACCGCACCGUGUCGGGGAUGCACGGCGUGAAGUGCGGCCCGGGGCUCUUCUGCGAGUUCUACAAGGAAGAGGACGACUACGGGGAUGAAUACGGCAUAUGCAAAGACUGUGUGUAUGGAAAAUAUGGAGUUGAAUGCCGCGAAACAUGCAACUGCAAAUCUGGAGGCAUUUGCGACAGGGAAACUGGGGCCUGUCUGAAUUUCAAUUUCUUUGCGAAAAUAGCAUCAAAAAGAGCCAGUAAAUUAAAAGACCAGCCCAACUCCGGGACUGAGGUGGGUUCUGGGGAUGGAACCAGCAAUCAGAAUGCAGAUUUGCCUAAAGAGAGACCCCCUGGUUCAAAGCGACUGAAUCCCCGUUGACACAUGUUCAGAAUUAGUCUAUUCAGUGUAACUGCCACAAAGUAGUAAAUUAAAUCCAAUGGAUAUAUUUAAUUAUGUUAAAAACGAGAUAAUUAUAUAUAAGUUUUAUACUAUGAAGAUGACUUCUGUUCUAGCCAUACUGUAUACCAAAUCUGUAGUUCUGUAUAUUAUUUAAACAUUAUUGUAAAAGUAAUUUAAAAUAAAUCCUGUCUUUUA